AUGUCCCUGGAGAUUGUGCCCGGGCGAAGGCGGCUCUUCAUCGGCAAGCUGUCUUACGCGGCCACGGUGCCGGACCCGCCCUUCGAGCCGAAGUCCAUCAAUCUGCCGAUGUCGCCGUUCAGCUUCACGUCCUACCGGCUGGCGUCGCUCGAGGCCCAUGCCCCGGUGCGCAUGACGUCGAUGGCCAGCUUGGCAGCCCUGCUGCCGGCGGCCAGCCUCCUGGACGCGGCCCAGUGGGAUGUUCCCCGGGCCGCCGGGGGCCAGCACCUGCAUCCGGACGAUGCGCUCCUCCUGGGGGACAUGCCCCCGUCGGAGGAGGCCGGCGCGCAGAAUCGCCGCGGUCUGGCCGCCAUCCCGACCAUUUCCCUGGUGGGCGAGGAUUACACCAAUCGGCCGAAGUUCCUGCUGGCCUCGGAGCUGACCAAGGCCAGCAUGGAUGCCAAGGCGGCGCGUGCCGACCCGUCGGACCUCCUCUCGCUGCCGGAGCAGCAGCGCCUGAUCGAGUCCACCUUCAAGGCAUUCCACUCGGAGCAGGGGGCCCCGCUGGCCGGGUCGGAGCUGCUGGCCACGCUGGUGCACCCGACCAAGCCCCACCUGAAGGCCGUGGCAGCGGAGCCGAUCUUCCCGCUGGAGGCGCUGGCGGCGGCCGGGCCGCCGGACGGCGGCCGGUCGCGUCCCCUGGACCCGGACUGGUCCGGCGCGCGGGCCGUCCUGAGCACCCUCCUGCCGAACGGCCCGCCGGAGUACGAUGCCGAGGGGCUGUUCCUGGCGCCGCCGCCGAGCGGGCCGACUCCCGACACCGACCCGGUGGUCCAGGCGCUCGGGCCGCAUGCGGCCGCCGAGCCGUCGGUCCUCUACUGGUUCAAGGAGAACCCCCUUAGCACGCCGGUUGGGCCCCGCGUGAACCAGGGCGACACCGAGUACAUCGUGGCCGGUGUCUACCUCAUUGAAAUGCGCGCGGUCGAGGAUAGCUUCGUGUCGCUGCAGAUCGCCCCGGCCGCAGGGCCGAAGGACACCGACGCGCCCAUGGACACCGGGUCCGACAGCGACGAUCCCUUCCUCUCGGAGGACGAGGAGCAGGGGCCCGGCGGCCGCCGGCGCGGCGGCAGCUCCCAGCUCCCCUCCUCCGUGUACUAUGUGCCGACCAAGCACAAGAUUUUGCUCAGCCGCGCGCGCGAGGAUUCCCUCCUCGGCAGUGGGUCGUCCAUGUCCGGGUCCUCCAUGCACACGGACCUCCCGCCGUAUGGCUUCCCGGAUCGGGUGUGGCUCCAGCGCCCGAGCGGGCAGGCUUCCGCCCAGGCGCAGCAGUAG